ACAUGUAAAUUGCACAUAAGACAGGUUUUGCAUUAACCUCUAAAUGUAAUUAUAAAUUUAUUUUUCUACUCCAAUUAAUUUUUGAAAUAUGCAUAGUUUUGAAAUAAACAUAGUUGCUGUCAUAAAUUGUUUUAAUGACAAAUUUAUUUAAACAUAUAUUAAAUAAUUAAGAUAAUUUCCCCUCUAGAGUUCAUUUCUCUAGUGAACUAACAUGCCGUGGACACUGAAUGACUUGCCUGAGGUAAAUGCAAUGCUAUGAGAGAUAUUAUUCUCAAGCUGUUUUAUUGAUAUCUUUUCAUGGUUGAAACACGUGUUUGAGAGAUUACAUGUAAAUAUAUCUAUGCGUAGAUCAUCUGUUCUUCUUCUUCUGCGCUUUUUCCUGUUUUUUCCUUUUUCCGCGCGCCCCCUUCUGGAUUGGAGUGUGGAUCACCCGUGACUGACUAUUCGUCAUCUGACUGUAUGCACUGAACCGUGACUACUGUACCGUGAUGGUUCGGGACGAAUACAUGUACCAUUACACCCCUAAUAUAUACUGUAUAUAUUUAUAUUUAUAUUUAUAUUUAUAUAUACACACACACAAACAAUUUUGUGCCAACAUGUUGAGAACAUUAUUAAAGACCAAAUAACUCUGAACAAAUCUACUGUUAAUGUUACUGGAAGAACGUUUGUUCAUAACUUUGAGAGAACCUUACCAGAACGUUAGCCUAAGUUCUGAGAACAUUCCCCGUUUGUUGGGUAGCUAGGAGUUGUAUCAUACACUCUUCUGAGGGUUAGGGAUCAUUUGCUGUAAGCUUCACACAAGAGAGAAUGUUUACCUUGAAAUCUGGAUGUCGAUUUUUAGUAUUGAGUGACUCAGAUGGGCAGCAGAGAGUCUGUAAUCUGUACUAAUCCCCUAUAAAAAAGAAGGCUUACUGCAGUGAAUUCUGCUCAGCCAGCAAUCUCACCCCACAUGCUGGUAGAUAGAAAUGUCCGAGCGACAAAAUGUUUCACUGAUUCGGCGAUGAGCUUCUAGAUAUCGGUUCGAAGGUGGGAAAGAGCAUCUUUUGUAUUUCUCUUAUGGCUUCUUUCUGUGGGCGUUUGUGCUUUGUGUUUCAGGCUGUUUUGCGGUUUGGCGUGCUGUUUUGUGCUCUUUUGCUCCUGCUAUUUGUUUCUGUCACCCUCUUAUCCUGAUGGUGCUGACAGUCCUUAAAUUAUACUGACAAUUUCCCAGCACCUGUAUAUAUCCUGAACAGGAAAAGCCAGUAGCUGUUGGUUCAGGUGACCAGUCAUUGUCCUCUAUUUGCUGAACUAUGUCCUUCUUCUGUUCCCAUUGGUGGGCUUCCUGCCUGUGAUGAGUGACUGACAGUCCAGAAAGGCUCUGAGACACAAUCAGCUUCAUCUGUAAAUAGGCUACACACACAGGGAUGCGCUCCUACAUUUACAAACAAAGCUCUGUGAUUGGCUCGCAGGCGGAGCACACUGGGAUGAGGACGUACUAUUUCAGUGCGGACACACAGGAGGACAUGAAUGGCUGGGUCAGGGCCAUGAACCAGGCUGCACUGAUGCAAACACAUACGGUGAAGAGAGAGGAGUUGGAUCAUCCAGACCAAGUGAACGUUUCUGAGAAACUCAAGCAACAGGCCGUGCCUCAGACCAACCACAUCAACAGCUACGUGAUUCCAGAACCGGAGGUUAUCCAAAGUGACGGGCUGCUUGAGGAGAAGCAGGAGGGAUUUGUUGGAGAGGUGGAGAUCCAGGUUGCUCAGCGAGAGAUCGAGCAGGCGAGGGGUAAAUCUCCAGCAAGCAGGAUAGUGGAGGUGGAGGUUUUAGCUCCAGCUUCAAAACCAGCAUCCCAAGUUCCCUCUCGAGCUCCUUCCAGGGCUGUGUCGACCCCACCAGUGGUGAUGAGGAAUGGUACGCCCAUAGAACAGAACGGCAUGCCUGGGUAUCAGAGGGGUCCGACACCUUCGUCUCAAACUCCAAUUCAGGUACAGAGGAAGAGUGCACUGGAGAAGGUGGAGAACUGGGUUAAAGUACAGAAGGAAGAACGCCAGGGGUUUGUUUCUACAGAUGGCACAAUCCCACGUCGGACCCCUCCAAUUCAUCCGAAGUACGGCACAAUAGACAAGUACCAGUCUUUACCAAAGACAACACGGCAAAGCCCACUAACUGCUCACCGUCAGUUACCCAGUGAAUACAAAUAUUCCCAUGACCGGCUGAAUCACUUCCAGCUGACCCACGGCCACACCCAGCGACCCGCGCCGCACGACAAUACCGUGUGGCAGCUCUACGAAUGGCAACAGCGACAGCAAUAUCGGCACGGCAGCCCCACCGCCCCCGUCUACACUCCUGCUCCAGACUACUCCACCGCCGUAUCCUCCACCAGAGUCAACUCGGACGUGUCUCGCUCCAUUUCCGUGCCUCCGACCCUGGCAGACAUCCCUCCACCCGGACCUCCUGGGCCCAGGCUGCUGUCUCCACGCAGACCCCACACGCCUGCAGAACGGGUUACAGUCAAACCUCUGGAGGACCGGUCCGCCGUGGAGGUGCCUCCUUCAAACUCUCCUCACCGGUUACGCUCCUAUAAGUCGGCCACAAUAGAGAGACGCUCAAUGCCUCCAUCUGGUUACAUCACACAUACAGUCAGUGCUCCCAGCCUGCACGGAAAAACACCUGAGGAGCUCACCCUUCUCCUCAUCCAGUUACGGAGACACCAGGCCAUGAUGGCAGGUGUGCGCAACAAUGCGCUGGCACACCUCCAGCAGUUGUCUCGGGUGAAGGCUGAUGACACAUACAUGCACUUGAAGAAGGACCUGGACUAUUUAGAUCUGAAGAUGAAAAGUUUAGAGCCAUUGAUCCUCAUGGUUCACAGUGUGUUACAAACCUGCACUGCGGGGGGUUUGAGACCACUCUGGAACGUGAGUGGGACAGAGACUCUGAAAGGAAGGCCGGCAAAGCCAGUGAAGGUGGCGGAAAGUGACAUUGAUGUGACACUGAGUCGACUCUGUGAACAAGACAAAAUACUGCAAGAGCUUGAGUUCAGACUAAGUGGCCUUAAGGAUGAUAAGGACAAGCUUGAGUCUGUUCUGGAUGUGUCUCACCAGCAGAUGGAGCAGUACAAGGAUCAGCCAGCUCACACUGAGAAGAUCGCCUACCAGCAGCGACUCCUUCAAGAGGACCUUGUGCAUAUUCGAGCAGACAUUUCUAGAGUGUCAACGGAGAUGGAGAGAGCGUGGGACGACUACAGCAGACUGGAGCAGUCGGUUGAACAGCUGAGGGAUGUCCUGCAGACCCAGAUGAAUCUCUGCUCAUCACCUCAGGAGAAGAAUCAGUUGAGGAGGGAGCUCUGGAGGAUAGAGGAUGUGAUGACUGGACUCAGCUCCACCAAAGAAACUUUCAAAAUCACCAUAGACUCAGUGAAGAACCCAGAGAGAAAACUUGUGCCUUCAGUGACAGAGUCAACAGUGCCUUCUCGGUGCAUGACCCCAUCUGCAGCUGAGGUGCGGUCACCCCAACGCAGUCUUACCUCCAGUCCGUUAUCACUGCCCAUGGACAAUGAAUUUCUUCAGCAUCCUCACCCUGUGCCAAAAUGGGAAGAGGAUGAUGCUCCACCCAGACCGCCUUUGCCUCUUCACUAUGAUGAGGACACACCUCCUGUUGUCCCGCCCCUACCUAAAGAAACAUCGGUCAUCAGACACACUUCUGUGCGUGGCCUCAAGAGACAGUCUGAUGAGAGGAAACGUGACCGGGAAAGCAGCUACAUUAACGGGGACUGCAGGGUGGAAUUGCGGUCCUACCUGAGUGAACCAGAGCUUCCUGGAAGUGGGCAAGGAACAGAUCAGGUGGACCCAGGCUAUCUGACUCUCCAAAGAAGAGGUCUGUCAGGCUCCUCGUCCAGAAUAAACCAGUAUGGUGUGGCCUUCUGCUCACAGAGGAGAGGAGAUUCAGUGUUAUCCACAAUGGAGAGACCAAAGAGUGCCUUGGAGCGGCUGUGCUCGGGAGAGUCUCAGCCGGAUCAGCAGCCGCAGAGAGGGAGGAUGAGUGUGGAGGAGCAGCUGGAGAGAAUGAAAAGGCACCAGAGAGCUUUAGUGCGUGAGCGCAAACGUAACUUGAGUCAGGGUGAGCGACAGCCCGUCGGCUCCCGCGCCUCCACUCGACCUGUCAGCUCUGACCCGGGAUCCGGAUGGGAAAAAGUCAUUGAUUUGCAGCGACCGAAACGGACCUUACUCGUCGAAUCACAGCGGCCGGCAUCUGAUGAAUGGCUGACGGUUGAGGCCCGACCAAUGAGCGAACAGGAGCUGGAGACUGUGGACUUUGAGUUUGAUCUUACCCGAGAGCUGUCGACGCCACAGAAGGUGCUCAUCCCAAAGCGCCUCAUGGACGUGGAGUCUGAUGAAGACCUGACUCCAGAAGACAAGGAGGCUCGUUCUCGCACCGUAGCAAAGAUAAAAAGCCUACUAUCUAAAUCGAGCGGGAAGUUUAUGCCACAGUCGGUGGAUGCAGAGCAGAUAGAUUUCAGUGAGCUGGAUAGUGCGCUGCGGCAGCAGGAGAGGAUCAUGAGCGUUCCUCGUGCUCUCGCCACAGAGGCCUCCAUCAAGAGGAAGCAGGUCACAGCCAAAGCCAUGUCUGAGUGUUGAGAAGCUUUCUUGGGGAUCCAAAGAACAAUAUUUUUUGUACCAAAUAUUUAUAAUUCACAUUCAAUCAUUCAGGUUCUCCGAUGUUCAGAAUGUUUUAUGUUUUUAUUCAUUUUACUGGUAAAUGCUUGGUCAACUACACUGUUUUAAUGUUCUAACAUGGAAAAUGGUUCAUUUUGCACGUUAUUUUUUGUUAAAAAUGUACUUAAUCAUUUGCAGUGUUAUGUAUUUUAAGAAAUACUGUUAAAAGUACCAUUGAUUGUGAAAUACUUGGUUUCCAUUAUGCAAAACUUAAGAAAACUGUCAUUUUCCAUGUUAUUUGAUUUAUCUUUAAAAACAUAAUUUUCAUACUGUGACGGACAAUAGAGAGUUCAUGCUCUAAAUAAAGUUUAAAUGUCACAAGGUUA